AAGGAAAAAGAAAAGGAAAGGAGUUAAAUUUUUUGUUAUUUUCUCUCUCCUUAAACAAACUCAGCCAUUCGUCUCUCUCGCUCGCACACAGCUGCCAUAGCAGCAGUUUCUCCAAGCUUUCAAGUUCGAUUCCAGGCCCAAGUUUCUGUCUGAUUUCAAUUUCAAAUUCGUAUCGAGUGGACAUUUGUAAUGGGACGGAGGGAGUAUUAAUUGAUUGAGAAUCGGUCUCCCCUUUCUUAAUCAACUUUUACUUCGCGGCUCAUCGAUUCUUCAUUCAAUGAAUGUCAAUUUGGGAAGUAACGGUCAAUGGGAAGGAGGACACGCGUGCCCGUUGACUUAAGGACGCAACGAGAUUCCGGCAAGAAAACACGUUUUCUAUUGGGAUUGGUAUCAACUGCAGUUUUCUUCUUCAUUGAUUGGAUAGAGAUUUUUAAACCAACAAUAACAAAAUAUAAAAAGGGGAAAAUAGAUAUCCUCAGAAUCUGAGGCUAUUCUUCCAAAGUGUAUCUUUGACAUUGGGCUGAUGAGAGAUCAAGUGUGGAGAUGGGUUUUAGGGUUGGUUUACAUAUUUACAGUUGCAACAAUAUGGAUCGCAGCUAGUUUCAUUGUACAGUCAGUUGUAGAUGAGGGCGUCUCGCCGUUUCUGGUAACCUACAUUUGCAAUUCAUUAUUCGUGGUGUAUAUACCUUUAGUAGAAAUUGGGCGGUAUUUGGAGGAUAGGAAUGUAAGCAUUUUCUUUUGGUUAAAUAAGAGAAAUGAUGAUGCUGCGUUGCAAGACUCUAAGGUUUCAGAAGAGGCUAUUCUUCUUCACAAUAAUGAGGCUGGUGCUAUAGAGAAUGAAUUGAAUCCUGAUGAACAAGAAGUUGUGGAUCAUGGUGAAGUUGAGGUUGAUUUGAAGCAGUGUGGAGUAGGCAAGGAUUUGGAUGAGAAAGGGCGUUGGAUGCGUUGGAGAAUUGCCAAAGUAAGCAUCUUGAUCUGCCCCAUUUGGUUUAUGGCGCAGCUCACUUUUAAUCUCUCCCUCAAGUACACUACAGUUACUUCCAAUACCAUCCUGAGCAGUGCAUCCAGUCUGUUCACAUUUGUAGUUGCUGUUGUGUUCUUGGGUGAGAAGUUCACUUGGCUGAAGCUGAUCAGUGUUCUGCUUUGCAUGGGAGGAGUGAUCAUUGUCAGCCUCGGAGACUCGGGUUCAGGAUCAAGUGAGGUUGCCCCAAAUCCUGCACUGGGAGAUAUCCUUUCUCUUUUAUCUGCAGCAUUUUAUUCUGUUUAUAUAACACUUAUUCGCCAGAAAUUGCCUGAUGAAGACGAUAAAGUUCAAGGCCGUGUCAGUAUGGCACACUUUCUUGGAUUCCUGGGCUUGUUCAACUUGUUAAUAUUCUUUCCUGUGGCUCUCAUUCUUGAGUUGUCAAAGCUUGGGCUUUUCAACACCCUCACUGGGAAGCAAUUUGGUCUAAUCGUUGGCAAAGGUUUACUAGACAAUGUGGUGAGCGACUACCUAUGGGCCAAGGCUGUGCUCCUCACGACGACCACUGUGGCGACAGCGGGCCUUUCGAUUCAGGUACCGUUAGCGACCAUUGUGGAUUCGUUGAUUGGGAAUAUGCCUCAUCCGUUGGAUUACGUCGGAGCUGUGGCUGUGAUGAUCGGUUUUGCAGGCCUUAAUGUCCCUUCAGAUGCUCUUUCUACCACUGGAGAAGCCCAUCUUGAAUUGGAGACUGGAAAUACAAAUACAGCAACAAACGUUCACAAUGACCUUUGAGAUGCUGCUAAGUAGAUUUUUGCUUUAUAGAGUAUACAAGAAAGACUUUUUUCAAAAAAAAAAGAAAAAAAAAAGAAAAGAAAGAGAUUACGAGCGGACAUGUAAUAUUAACGGUUAGUUCAUUUCAAGUAUAUAAAAAAAAAGUUUGUUUGUCA